AUGAUCCACGAGUGCUCCUUCAACCCACAGGACUCCUCGCUCGUGUGCGUCAUCGGGGACGGCGUCUUCAAGUUCUUUCGGCUUCAAGACGGCACCUUCAAAGGAAUCCCAAAUCAGCUCUCGAAGAUGCGAGAGGCGUUCAAUCAGAAUUACAUCUGCCACACCUGGCUGAAUGACGAUCGCUUGAUCGUCUGCAGCGAAGCUGGCGAUGCCUUGUUGUUCGACAGCGGUGGCGAGUUCAAGAUGGUCCUUCCCAGCUCACCCGCUGAGCCCCGCUCCCUGCUCUGUGUGGCCUCCUUCAGCCGGGGCUUCAUCGCAGGUGGGGAGAAGGGCCUCGUAACCUUCUACGAGCGUAGCGAUGAUGCCAAGGAGAUGUUCCGCAAAGCGAAGGAGGUGAAGCUCGACUCAGCUGCAGCCCUCGGAUCGACUUUGGCUGUGGGCGCUGUCACGGCCAUGACCGUUAGCCCGUCCGAGGAGACGGUGGCCAUCGCCACAUCGACGAACCAGCUGUUAACGUUCUCCCUCAGCCCCACGGACAUGCUCAAAGCAGAGGAUAGUACUGUGGAGCACGCCUUGACUUCCUUCCACUCAGGGCCGAUUUUCGGCUUGGACGUGUGCGUGCGAAAGCCGCUGGCAGUGACAUGUGGAACCGACAAGUCUGUGCGUAUCUGGAAUUACGUGGACAAGACGCAGGAACUCUGCAAGGUCUUCAACGAGGAAGCUUUCUCGGUGGCUUUCCAUCCAAGUGGCUUCCACCUCAUCGUGGGCUUUGCGGACAAAGUGCGGCUCAUGAACCUACUGAUGGAGGAUUUCAGGACCUACAAGGAGAUCCCCAUCAAGGCCUGCCGCGAAUGCCGCUUUAGCCACGGCGGGCAGUUCUUUGCUGCGGUAAACUCCAACACCAUCCAGGUCUACAAGACUUACACCUGCGAGGUGGUGUGCAACCUCCGCGGCCAUCAGUCCAAGGUCAAGGCAAUAUGCUGGACCACGGACGACUUCCGAUUAGUCUCCACGGGUCAAGACGGUGCAGCCUACGAGUACGACAUUCUGAAAGAGGGGCGCCGGGUCUCCGAGUGGUCGCAGAAAGGUACCGUCUUUACGAGUAUCAUUGCCUACAACAACCCCGAGGCCACCACGCAGACCACCACGCUUUACGUGGCGGGAUCCGACAAGAUGCUCAAGGAGGUCCAAAACUCCCAGCUCACCAACUACGUGGAGUCCAACGCCGUUCUUGGACAGCUGGCCCUGGCGCCUGCUGCCAAAGCUUUGGUGGUUGGCGUGGCCGAGCCCGACAUGCCGGGCUCCCUGCGAAGCUACAACUUCCCACUGACCGGCGACUACGUCGAGUACCAGGCCCAUGCCGCACCGGUCUCUCGCAUUCGCAUUGCCUGGGACGAGCUCUACCUUUUCAGCACUGGAGACGACGGCUGCCUCUGCAUCUUCGAUCUGAAAAAGAUCGGUGGCUCCAAGCACGAGAAGGAUUCCAGCCUGGGCUAUGCCGAUGAGAUCCUUGUCACGCGCCAGUUCCUGGAUGAAAAGCAGGCAGUGCUGUUGGACUUGGAGCGCAAGGUGGAAGAGCUCGACAGCCGUAUUGCCUUCCAACUUCGACAUCGGGAUGGACUGCACAAGGAGAAGAUGGCCGAGAUGCAGGAGAAGUAUAGCGAAGAGAUCGAGACCGAGCGGCGGAAGUUUGAAGUGCUUCGUGAAGAGAAGGCGGAGGCCGAGAUGGAGAAUGAAGAACACAUCAAGAAUCUGGAAGAGAAGCACGCCAGGGACUUGCAAGACCAGCAAGAGUCCUUCGACCAAAAGAUGAUCGUGGAGGAUCAGCGCUACAAGAAGCUCGAGAAAGAUCUCGAGCGCGAGAAGCAGGAGUGGGAGACGCAGCACGCUGCCCUUCUUGCGGAGCAUUCGCAGGUCAUCGAUCAGAUGAAGCAGGAUGCGGAGAAGAUCCAGAGGUCCAACCGGGACACCAUGGACAGGAUCAUCAAGGAGAAGGAGGUGGCCUUCAAGCACCACCAGGAAACCUUGGCUCAAUUGGAGCGAGAUGCAGAUCGCGAGAUUGAGGAACUCAAGGAAAUGUACGAGCAGAAGUUGGCGCAAGAGAAGGACGACAAGGUCCGCUUGCGCGGCCAAGCUGGAAUUCAUCAGAAACACCACCACGACCUGAACACCGACAUGAUGAAGAAAGAGGAGGAGGUCCGGAAGAAGGCCGAAGAGAGCCGCAAGGCCGAGGAGAAAAUCUUGGGCCUCAUGAAGGAUAAGGACUCCAAUGAGAAAGAGAUCAAGGAGCGCGACAAGACCAUUCACGACAAGGAGCAGCGGAUCUUCGACCUGAAGAAGCAGAACCAGGAGCUCGAGAAGUUCCGCUUCGUGCUGGACUACAAAAUCAGAGAGUUGAAGGCCCAGAUCGACCCAAAGACCGCAGACAUCGCCUCCAUGAAGACGCAGACUCAGGCCAUGGAAGAUGAGCUGAAUGACUACAAGCGCAAGAACAAGCAGCUUGCGCUUCAGAUUUCGCAGUUGCAGAUGAAGCAGCGUGCCCUGCAGGAGGAGAUCAAAGCGCAAAAGAGGAAGCUCCGGGACGACUUGUCGCUCAUCAAGCGCUUCAAGCUGGACCUCAGCGACUGCCUGGAGACCAUUUCGGAACCGAAGGCCCUGAAAGAGAGUGUCACGGCUCUUUACAGGAAGUAUGUCCAGGGUGGCGCGAAGCGACAAGAUCUGGACACGGACAUGCAGAAGGAGUACAACAGGCAGCGAGACUACCUGGAGAAGUCCGUGGACUCGUUGAAGCGAAAGCUGGAGAAAGACAGCCAGGCCCAUCGCAUCGACAACAUGAGGAUCAUGCAGGAAAACGUCUCACUUAUCCGGGAGAUCAAUGACCUCCGGAGAGAGAUCAACAACCUCAAGCAUGAGCGGCAAGCGCAGGAGCUUGCCAACAUGGGCCAGAGCAUCCAGACCUCCAAGGCAGCCGACCUCGAACGUGAGCUCGACAUGCAGCGAGAGGAGAUAGCCUCGCUGACAAAGCAGCUCAAAGACUUCGAGGGCUGA